AUGUCCUCCUUUGAACUGGCGCAACCAUGGCGCAAGCUCCUGUACGUCAAGCAGGGGUUUCCUGAUAACUAUGUCGACGAGACGUUCUUGGAUGCUUUGCAGAAGAAUGUGAACGUGCGCGCCCACAAAUACUGGCCCACCGUCCUCCGCACCUGCGCUGUCUCGCAGCACAUCAGCGGGAUAACAGCUUUCAUCGCCGUCUUUGUGCAUCUCUACUCCGGUGUCCUCGCGCCGGACCGGCUAAUGAUGUGGGAUGCAGUCACGUUUGCGGUGGGAUAUGUCGCGUGGGAUGUUAUGGCGAUUGGGGCCGGUGGUGGGAGGCGACGAUUUUCCAUCGCACGAAGAGUCCUCCUCAUCGCCCUCACCCUCCUCCUCCUCACCCCGACCCUGAAAACUCUCACGCUCGCCAUAAGCAGUGACACCAUCUGGGCGCUGUCCGCCAUCAUGUUCCUCUUCAGCCUCGUGUUCCACGAUUACGGGUCUACAAACAGCUUGAAAGUUCGGUUUCCAGACUCCCUAAGCAUAAACGCCGGCAUCUUCGCCUCCAUCCUCCUCGCCUCCCGCCUUCCCUCCAACACCCACGUCCUCGGCCUCAUGCUCUUUGCAGUCCUCGUCUUUGCCCUACUUCCCGUCUUUCGUCGGACUUGCCGGGCGAAAUCAACAACAAGCGACAUCAUCAUGUCCACAUCCCUCAUCACCCUCACAACCCUCCUCUUCGCCCCCAUCUCCCACUCCCUGAUGGUCUGGUACCUCGCCGGGAUGGUAUGUGUGAAUUUCGGGUGUCCGUGGUGGUUGAUUCGGACGCAGAAGUACAAAAGUGAGAUUAGAGGACCGUGGGAUGAAGCGCGGAUUAUCAAGCGGUUGAGUAGUUUGGAUGAGGGCCUUUUGGAGGGGUUUGUGGGGUGA